GGUGGAGUGGUGCGGUAAUCGCUGAGCCAGUCUGUGCGCUAAAAUUGGUAGCUACAAAUGAACUUUGUUUGUGCAGCAUAUGUGUACAUUUAACAAAGUCGUUGUUCAAGCGCCCACUUCAUUUUGUCCUUUGGAUAGUUUUACAAAAUAUUUACAUCUGUAUCUUGCGAAACCAAGGACCACAGUACUGGAAGGACUUUACUGACCUCAAGAUGUCAAUUCUGCCUUUUACUCCCCCCAUUGUGAAAAGGCUUUUGGGUUGGAAAAAAGGCGAACAGAACGGACAAGAGGAGAAAUGGUGUGAAAAAGCCGUGAAAAGCCUGGUGAAGAAGUUGAAGAAAACAGGGCAACUGGAUGAAUUGGAAAAAGCCAUCACGACACAGAAUAUCAACACGAAAUGUAUUACCAUACCAAGGCCUUUACUGUGGAGCAGAGCUGAGAGAGCAGAACUGUAACAGACGGCACAGAAUUCUCUCUCUCACUCUUGGUUCGGGGCCAGGACCUGGGAGCAGCAGUCUGUCUUGUCCACACACGUCCCUUUGGCUGCAGGGCUGCAGGCUGGUGCCACCGACUCACACGGCAGCAUGUUUGAGCAGGAGAAAGACAGUCCCUGAUUUUGUGUCUGGAUUAAGGGCCAUUCUGUGACUUUGGUUAAUAUGCCUUAUUUAUUUACUGUGGUAUUGUUUUGGUAAAGAGUGUUGAGUAUUGUUUCUUAACCUGGUAUGGAAGUCAGAAUUCUGCUAUUGUGACAACACUAAGAGAGAGGAAGCGUGGAGAGAGAAACGGAAGCAGGAAGAACAGAGGGAGGAACUUGAGCUGAUAACAAAAAUAAUUAACAGAUUGGUGUCGCCACCACAAGUGGUCUACAGUGCUGUUGUACAGCAAU